AUGUUGAAAUUCGCAAUUGCUUUGCUGUUCGGGCUUCUUGCUUUAAAUUUGAAUGGAACUUUAGCAGAGUCCGAUCUAAAUUGUCCUCUGAAGGACCCUCCUAACCAGUGCGGAGGAUUCUGCCUAAUUGUACUGACGCCAUUGAUAAAUCACCUGACCAUUCCCCACAAUGUGUCGAAUUCCAGUGAUGCGAGCAAAGCUAACGAGGUCCUGGUGAGACAGUACACGAUGGAACGCCAAUUGUCUGCUCUUCAGGAAAAGCAAACAAGCCUUGGGGCCGCACUAGAUGCCCAAGAAGGAAGACUGGAUAUCAACCAACAGAAUUUAACUGGACGACUGUAUGACUUGGAAAGCCAACUUUGGGCUUUACAGGCAACACUUCACAAUGUGGAAAUUAAAAUUAAAUACCUCGGCUUCGAGCAAAUCGGCUCCAAGUACUUUUACAUAGAGAAAGUAUCUGAGAAGAACUGGCCCACUGCUUCAAAAACUUGUCGCAAUAUGGGAGGUCACCUGGCCGACAUUAAGGACGAGGCAGAUCUAGCCGCCAUUCAAGCAAAUCUCGAGAAGGACACUCAUUACUGGCUGGGAAUCAACGACUUGGGCAAAGAGGGCGAAUUCUUGUCCAUGUCCACGGGCCAGCCAGCUACCUUUUUAAAAUGGGCCUCAGGGAGACCCUCUCAGUUGGACACCUCCAACUGCGUAUUCCUAUACAAUGGGGAAAUGUACGAUUACCCAUGCAACUAUACCUUCCGGUUUAUUUGCCAGACAGAGGAGGAAGUAUUAGGUUAA